AUGGAUGUUUUUGAUCGAACUUCGAAGCCAAAGAAGCCUAACUCUCGACAAGUGAAAUCAAGAUUUCUAUCCCCAAACUCUAUAUCGUCACCUGAAAUUGGAUUCCAAUCCCCAAACAACACUCUUUCUCCACUAAGGCAAAAUGCCCGAUCAUCUACUGAUUCGCGAAAGCACAAAAGCCUCGAAAAGUCGGGCUUUUUACGAGGACUUUGGCCAUCAUCAACAUUGUCGCCACCUUCAAAAUCUAAACUCGAUACACUGGCGGACCACCUCGGAAAUGACAGAAUAAAAGACCUUAAAGAAAGGAAAAACAAUGAGCAAUCUGAUGACUCGAUGUUUCUUAAUAGGCAAAGAAGUUGCACCGAGUUUAGCAGGUUUGAAAAUCAUCAGAAGAAGAUUGCUAAAGAAAAUCAUAAAUCGGGUUUCGGAGGAUCCAUGCGUUACACUGGGAGGUUGAAAUUUACUGGAAGAUCAACAAAUUCUUCGUCGUCCAAGAAUUCAACUUCAGUUGACGAACAAAAUGAUUAUAUAGCUCCUGGAAGAUUUUCAGUUGAUGAAACUUCACUGAGAAGAAAGACUUUUUCCGAUACACAAGACUCGGAUUCAGAAUACAGUGAUAUAUGUUCAGGCAGAAGCCUUGACGUUGGACAAAAUUUCCCAGCGUCUUACAUGGGUUCAACGGCGAGUUCAAGAAAGCAUGGAAUUGCAGUGGCAUCAAAGUACAUGAAUGAUUCAUUCUCAAGAUCUAGAAGAUGGAGUGCUGAUUCUGGUAUUCAGAAGCCAAUUUCAUCAUCAGAUAAUUCUCCGAAAAGAUUAACGUCAAAGAAUUCAAUGAAGAAGAACAGUUCAAAGUGGGAAUUGUCACCAGGGCAUCCGAGCUCGCCAGUGAUGCUGGAUGAUAAUAAAGGGAAUAUUACAGGGAUAUGGAAUUCAAAGCCUCCAUCAAGUCCUUCAAGGGCUAAAGGAGUUGGGAGUCUCCUCAGUAUGGGGAUAGAAUUGUUGAAGGGUAAGAAAUCUUCUCCAAAUACAUCAUCGCCCCUCGGACCCGGCUCCUCGGAUAGUGUUCAUCAAUUGAGGUUGCUGCACAACAGGUUGAUGCAAUGGAGGUAUUCUAAUGCUAGAGCUGAGACCGUUAAUGGGAACAUCAUCAAAAAAGUCGAGAGCAACUUGUUAUAUGCAUGGGAUGGUCUCAUUAAACUACAGCACUCCGUGAUUCAAAAGAAACUACAGUUACAAAAGGAAAAGUUAGAGAUGAAAUUAUAUUACAUUCUUCAGUCUCAAAUAACGGUUCUAGAAACUUGGGGCAACAUGGAAAGAGACCAUAUAUCAGCAGUGUCUACUACCAAACAUUAUUUGCAUUCUGUCGUUUGUAGGAUGCCCCUUGUUGAAGGAGCCAAGGUGGAACCACUGUCAGCUUCCAUUGCUAUUCGCCAUGCAUCAGAUGUUUCAGCAUUUAUCAACUUGAUGUUAACAAAAUCUGCACCUACGGUUGAGACGACGUCAGGGGCACUUGUUGAAUUAGCGAGAGUAGUGACACAAGAGAGACUGCUAUUACAAGAAUGCUUGGAGCUUUUAAAAACCAUUUCUACUCUGCAGAUAAAAGAAAGGACUUUGAAGUGUAGCAUCAUGCAAAUAAAGUCAUUCCAAUCGCAACACUAUCAACAAGAAGUGAUCUCCACAUAA